UGGUCUAUAUAAAGACAAGCCUUCUUCUCCAAGAGUCUACCCCUAUUUCACUGUUUUUUGCUCUCUCGAAUCAAUUCAUACUCGUAUUCUCUCCUUCCUUACUUCCUUCCUUCCAAGGAUAUAUAUAUAUAUAUAUAUACGUGCAUAAAAUAUGUGGAAGCUGAAGAUCGCAGAGGGGGGAGAAUGGUUGACGAGCUGCAACAAUCAUGUGGGACGACAGCACUGGGAGUUCGAUCCCCAGGCUGGCACUGCCGAGGAGAGAGCUCUUGUCCAACGGCUUCGCCACGAAUUUACCCUCAAUCGCCACCGCUUCAAGCAAAGCUCCGAUCUCCUCAUGCGGAUGCAACUUAAAAAAGAAAAUCCUCAUGGAAAAAUCUCAUUGGGACUGAAAGUUAAAGAGACGGAUGAAAUAAGUGCGGAGAUAAUGACGAGCACACUGCAAAGGGGGCUCUUCUUCUUCUCAAGCAUUCAGGUCCACGACGGUCAUUGGGCCGCUGAGUCUGCCGGCUCACUCUUUUUUCUUCCUUUCCUGCUUAUAGCUUUGUAUGUGACGGGAGACGUGGAUAUUGUUUUGUCAACUGAGCACCAAAAGGAGAUCAUUCGCUACAUAUAUAACCAUCAGAAUGAAGAUGGAGGGUGGGGAUUUCACAUUGAGGGGCAUAGCAGCUUAUUCGGGUCAUGCCUGAACUACAUCUGUUUGAGGGUGCUGGGAGAAGGAGGCGAUGAAGAUGGUGUAUCUAGAGGGCGCAAAUGGAUCCUUGAGCACGGCGGUGCCCUGGCCAUCUCCUCCUGGGGGAAGUUCUGGCUCGCCGUACUUGGUGCCUACGAGUGGGGCGGCUGCAACCCCAUACCGCCUGAGUCCUGGUUGCUCCCCAAGCUCUCUCCCAUCCAUCCAGCCAAAAUGCUCAGCUAUUGUCGCUUGGUUUACAUGCCCAUGUCCUACUUGUAUGGCAAGCGAUGCGUCGGCCCUAUAACGUGCCUGGUUCAAUCCUUACGGCAAGAGCUCUACAAUCAGCCCUAUCAUCUGAUUGACUGGAACAAAGCUCGAAAUACCUGCUCAAAGGAAGAUCUCUACUACCCGCAUCCUUUAGUGCAAGAUAUCCUUUGGGGAUUCCUUCACCAUGUCGCGGAGCCGGUUCUAAUUCGUUGGCCUUUCUCAUCGCUGAGGGAGAAGGCUCUGAGAGUUGUCAUGGAGCACGUACACUAUGAAGAUGAAAACAGCAGAUACUUUUGCAUUGGAUGUGUGGAGAAGGCGCUAUGCCUUCUUGCCUGCUACGUGGAAGAUCCUAAUUCAGAAGCAUACAAGCGUCAUCUAGCCCGAAUCCCCGAUUACCUAUGGGUGGCUGAAGAUGGCAUGAAAAUGCAGAGUUUUGGGAGUCAAAUGUGGGAUGCGGCAUUUGCUAUUCAAGCAAUUAUGUCCAGUAAUCUUGCUGAAGAGUAUGCGACAACCCUUAGAAAAGCGCACGAGUUCGUGAAAGCCUCACAAGUUAGGGAUAACCCUUCAGGGAACUAUGCUAAAAUGUAUCGGCACACAUCUAAGGGUGCAUGGACAUUUUCAAUGCAAGAUCAUGGUUGGCAAGUUUCAGAUUGCACUGCUGAAGGAUUAAAGGUUUCACUUUUGUUUUCACAAAUGUCACCAGAACUCGUUGGGGAAAAGAUUGAAACAGAACGCUUGUAUGAUGCUGUCAAUGUUCUUCUUAGCCUACAGAGUAGCAAUGGUGGUUUUACAGCUUGGGAGCCUCGAAGAGCAUUCCACUGGCUUGAGAAGCUCAACCCUGUAGAGUUAUUCGAAGAUGUUCUCGUCGAGCAAGAGUACGUGGAAUGCACCGCAUCAGCAAUUCAGGGUUUGGCACUAUUUAGAAGGUUGCAUCCAACACAUCGAAGAGAGGAGAUAGAAAAGUGCAUUUCGAGGGCAGUAAGAUACAUUGAAAAAACACAAAAUGUUGAUGGUUCAUGGUAUGGUUCUUGGGGGAUUUGCUACACCUAUGGCACAUGGUAUGCAGUAAGGGGCUUGGUUGCUUGUGGCCGAAACUACCACAAUAGUCCCACGUUGCGCAAAGCUUGUGACUUCCUAUUGUCAAAGCAACUGCCUGACGGUGGAUGGGGAGAGAGUUGCCUUUCGAGCUCAAACAAGGUAUACACAAAUCUAGGAGACAACCGAUCAAACUUGGUACAAUCAUCAUGGGCAUUGUUGUCACUAAUUGAUGCUGGACAGGGUGAAAUAGAUCGGAACCCCAUAGACCGUGGAAUAAGACUGUUGAUAAAUUCACAAAUGGAAGAUGGUGAUUUUCCUCAACAGGAAAUCACGGGCGUGUUCUUUAAAACUUGUAACCUAAAUUACGGGGUAUAUCGAAAUACUUUUCCCAUUUGGGCUCUGGCGGAAUAUCAACGUUGUGUCGGUGUUGUACGUGCGUAACUAAGUGAAAGACAAUAUAUAGUCUCUGGAGAAAUUCUCAACUACAUCGGCAGAUAGUUGUGUGAAUAAAUUACAUGUGCUAUAUAUGUACAUGUGUCUUAUAUUUGUUAUAAUAUUAUAUUAUAUGUUGCUGGAAACUUGUAAGGUGCCCAAGUUUUCCCAUGUAUAUUGUCUUACACGUGUCAUCUUCUUGGCUAAUUUGUGGGGACACGUGGAGGCUGUUUUGGAGACCCAAAUUGAGGCAGAAACAGGAGUGAAAUUGGCCGAGAAAAAUUCUAGCUUCCUCGUCUUGGCUUGCUUCGUUCUUCUCAAUUGCUACUUUUAUAUCUCGCGGCAGAUAGCUCAAGUUAGUGAUAUGUGAUGAUGGUAGAUUUAGAUGGCGAUAUUAUAAUAAAUAUAUUUAAUUUGUCUUUGUAUAU